AUGGAGUCCAAAGAAUCACUAAAGUCCACAGUGGAGGAAGCAGGGAAAAGUGUUCAUUUCCGUGACAAAGGAGGACUUGUGAUGGACUUUCCUGCAUCCUUUAGGGGUGGAGCUCCUGUCAAGACUCCUGCAUCUGCAGCUCCCCUGCCUGCCUCCUCUCAGUCUGACUCCAAGCAGCAACCUGCUCUGUGUGAUUUGUCAAAGGGAUUAGGAAGCAAUGCGCCACAGCCAGAUCUCUCCAAAGCAGUGUCUCUGUCAAUGGGAAUAUAUAUGGGCGAGACUGAUACAAAAGUGAUGGGAAACGAACUUGGAUUUCCGCAGCAGGGCCAAAUCAGCCUCUCUUCUGGAGAGACAGAUUUCAGGCUCCUUGAAGAAAGCAUUGCAAGCUUGAAUAAGACCGCUAGCCUGGCUGAAGGCUCAAAGGGUACGGCAUCUCUCGACGUGCCCCUAGAGCCAGGGUUCCCAAGCAUGGCUAGUCAUGAUCGCACUUUAGAGCAAGGCGCUUUAGUGCAAGGCCAAGUUGGCAGUAAUGGUGGCAACUUGAAGCUCUUUUCUGAAGACCAAAGCACUUUUGAUAUUCUGCAGGAUUUUGAUUUACCACCAGUAUCUCCUGGAAAAGAAACAAAUGGGAGUCCUUGGAGAAUGGACCCCUUGCUGGAUGAAGGCAGCUUGCUUUCACCUCUGGGUGCAGAUGAGGGUUUUCUCCUGGAAGAAAAGGAUAUUGAGGACUGCAAGCCUCCUGUUUUACCAGACACUAAGCCUACAAUCAAUGAGCGUGGGGAUAUUUUGCCCACCCACACGGUGCAGAUGCCACAAGUGAAGACCGAAAAAGAAGAUUUUAUUGAACUGUGCACCCCUGGGGUUAUAAAGCAAGAGAAAAUCGGUCCGGUUUAUUGCCAGGCUAGCUUCUCUGGUUCUAACAUUCUUGGAAAUAAAACAUCUGCCAUUUCUGUUCAUGGCGUCAGCACUUCUGGAGGACAAAUGUACCAUUAUGACUUGAAUACGGCAUCCGUCUCUCAACAGCAGGAUCAGAAACCAGUUUUUAAUGCCAUUCCAUCUCAUCCUGCUAGUUCAGAAAAUUGGAAUAGGUGCCAAGGGUCUGGGGAUGAUGCUCUUGCUGCAAUAGGAGUUUUGAAUUUUUCUGGAAGAUCUGUCUUCUCUAAUGGCUAUUCAAGUCCUGGAAUGAGAUCUGAUGUGAGCACUUCACCAUCUACCUCCUCAACAGCUACGGGACCACCUCCCAAACUUUGCCUUGUUUGCUCAGAUGAGGCUUCUGGAUGUCAUUAUGGUGUCCUGACUUGUGGCAGCUGCAAAGUAUUCUUCAAAAGAGCUGUGGAAGGGCAGCACAAUUAUCUCUGUGCUGGAAGAAAUGACUGUAUUAUUGACAAAAUUCGGAGGAAGAACUGCCCAGCUUGCCGCUACCGGAAAUGUCUUCAAGCUGGCAUGAACCUAGAAGCUCGAAAGACUAAGAAGAAAAUAAAAGGAAUUCAACAGUCCAACAUUACUGCCGGGAGGGAUACUGCUGAAAGUUCUGUAAACAAGGCUGUAGUUCCUGUCUCCCUACCACAACUUACUCCUACUCUGGUUUCCCUACUGGAAGUCAUUGAGCCAGAAGUGAUGUUUUCCGGCUAUGACAGCACAAUACCAGACACAACAUGGCGUAUAAUGUCAACUCUCAAUAUGCUAGGAGGAAGGCAGGUGGUAGCGGCAGUGAAGUGGGCAAAGGCAAUACCAGGUUUCAGAAACUUGCACCUGGACGACCAAAUGACCCUUCUGCAGUAUUCGUGGAUGUUUCUGAUGGCUUUUGCUCUAGGAUGGAGAUCAUACAAGCAGUCUAAUGGAAGCCUGCUGUGUUUUGCACCAGAUUUGAUCAUCAAUGAGCAGAGAAUGAAUUUACCCUGUAUGUAUGAACAAUGCAAACGUUUGCUGAUGGUUACUAAUGAGUUAGCACGGCUUCAAGUUUCAUAUGAGGAAUAUCUCUGUAUGAAAACUUUGCUACUUCUCUCUACAGUUCCCAAGGAGGGCCUGAAGAGCCAAGCCCUGUUUGAAGAAAUUCGUAUGACCUACAUCAAAGAGCUUGGAAAAGCCAUCGUGAAGAGAGAAGGGAACUCAAGUCAGAACUGGCAGCGAUUUUAUCAACUGACUAAACUUUUGGACUCCAUGCAUGAUGUGGUUGAGAAUCUUCUAAGCUUUUGCUUCCAAACGUUUUUGGAUAAAUCCAUGAGUGUCGAGUUUCCAGAAAUGUUGGCAGAAAUCAUCAGCAAUCAGUUACCAAAAUAUUCAAAUGGAAAUAUCAAAAAACUGUUAUUUCAUCAGAAAUGACUGCCUUAAUACAGAAAGAUUGCCUUAAGAAAAAAAAGUCAUUAUAGCUUCUUUUUAUAAACUAAAAGACUUUGUUAAUUUUGUCCUUGCAACUAUAUUGAGUGUUUUGUUUUUGUAAUUAUGCACUACAUGUGGUUUACAGAGGGCCAAGACCUAGGUUUCAGAAGCAGCCCCUUCUAACUAAAUGAUUACAGGAAGAAGAAAAGGAAAGAAAUAUGGGUUGAGGUUUUUUUCAUCCGUGUG